AGAGUUUAUGUCACUGAAGGACUCACAUGUCUAAGAGGGAGCAACGUUUCAAGAGAACGGUAAAAGCAAGGUGUUGUGUAUGUAGCUCAAUUCUGACUCACUUGUGCUAUGAGAGAGAUGGCCAGUUCUUCUGUAAGAAGGAUUACUGUGCUUACUCUGGUGAGCAGUGCCAUGGAUGUACAGAGGACAUCACAGUGGGUUUGGUCAUGGUGGCAGGGGAGCAGAAGUAUCACCCUGAGUGCUUUAUUUGCCAUACUUGUGGUAUAUUCAUUGGAGAUGGGGAUUCCUACACCUUAGUGCAGCACUCCAAAUUAUACUGCGAGCACUGUUAUUACCAGAGUGCCUCCCUUCAAGCUCCAGAGGUAGAGAGCUCCAAGUUUCCCCAUUCAGUGACACUGGUGACACUUAGCCCUGCAGCACAAGGCAGGCAAGGGCUUGUCUUGUCUGUAAAUGAGCAUGCAGUCUGCAAGAACUGCCCUGAGAUCAGAGUAUCACGGUGGGACUCUGACUGUAUAAGCCCCAAGGUCAAAGCGUUACUUCAUGUUGGAGACAGGGUUCUUGAGAUCAAUGGAACCUCUGUCAAGGACAUCCCCCAAGAUGAGAUCGACCAGAUAAUCCAGGAUACAAACCGUGUGCUGCGGCUCACUGUUGAGCAUGACCCGACUGACUCUCACAACAAUCACCACUCUCCUGACUUGCUGGAUGAGGCAUCAGACCAACCAGCACCCCUAGGCCUUCCCCUUUCUCUGAACCGCAUUUCAAGGUCUCCUCGCACAGGAAAGAUUCUGCGCAGCUGCAGUAUAGAUAAAGCAACAUGCUCACAAGGCAAUGCCCCACUGCUCUCCCAAAGGAGAGAAAUAAAUCGUUCAGAAUCUCUGCGUAUGGAACCCAGCGACAAGACACAACGGAUUUUCCGCCCCUCUGACCUCAUUCAUGGCGAGGUCCUCGGUCGAGGUGCCUACGGCCAGGCCAUCAAGGUGACACAUCGGGAGACAGGUGAGGUCAUGGUGAUGAAAGAACUUCUCCGCUUUGAUGAAGACACCCAGAGGACUUUCCUAAAAGAGGUAAAAGUCAUGCGCUGUCUUGACCACCCAAAUGUCUUAAAAUAUAUUGGGGUCCUCUACAAGGAUAAGCGACUUAAUCUCAUUUCGGAGUAUGUAGAAGGAGGGACGCUGAGGGAUACCAUCCAGAAAAUGGGCAGUAACCAUCCUUGGAACCUGAGGGUUAGCUAUGCUAAAGACAUUGCUGCAGGGAUGGCCUAUCUGCAUUCUAUGAACAUCAUUCAUCGGGAUCUGAACUCACACAACUGCCUAGUUAGGGAGAAUCACAGUGUAGUGGUGGCAGAUUUUGGGCUUGCCAGACUUGUGAUGGAAGACAAAAUCCAAAGGGAGCCCUCAUCCUCCCCUGAGCAGCCCCAGACCAACACGAAGAAGCAGAGACGCCGAAAGAAAUACACUGUGGUGGGAAACCCGUUCUGGAUGGCACCAGAGAUGAUCAACGGAAAAACUUACGAUGAACGAGUGGACACCUUUUCUUUUGGAAUCAUGCUAUGUGAGAUUAUUGGAAGGGUGUAUGCUGACCCAGACGACCUACCUCGCACCCCUGACUUUGGGUUGGCUGUAACGGCCUUCUUGGAGCACUAUGGUACCCAAGAGUGCCCACCUGCUUUCUUAGCCCUAGCGGUCCUCUGCUGUGACAUGGAUGCUGAGAAACGCCCUGCCUUUUCUAAACUGGAGGAGUGGCUAGAGAAGCUGCUGAUGCAUCUGGAUAUCAAACUUCCUCUAAUGUCAGAGCUGGACCAAAUUAGCCGUGAGUUUUGGCAGCGCUACGGACAGACUCAACAACAUGCCAAGGAGCCUCCUGAAGACCAACCAGCCAGAGCCAGUGUAUGCCCAGAAUGAGGAUAGCCUAUAAGGAAAUUGGUGUCUUGAAUUGUCAGCAGAGUGGUAGUAUCUACUACUAACAACCUCUUGUGAACAAUGAAGUCAAGGAAAAAUCUCAUUGUGAAUUUUCAGACUCCCUCAAACCAUUCUUUGGGUACUAACAAACUUGAUUAAUUUAAUCAAGGGUGUCAUUUUAAACCAACAAUAUGAGCAGAGAUUGCAGGAGCAACACAUGAUCACCUGACCUGUUUCUGGGUUUCCUAUAGGGAACAGAUUAGGGAGUCACUGCUCGUUAUCAAUCACAAGCUCAAAGCACAGAAAAACAAGGAUACCACUAGUUGGUUUAGAAGUCAGUAGUGCCAACUGACGAUACCCACAAUGAACUGCACAGGCCUGUAAAGUAGGAGGGUAGCACUCCACUGACGGGUUAGCAAUCUUUGGGGAGAACCACAACAAGGAACACCAAUUAAUGAGUACUAAACAAAGUAGUUGAUGCUACUGUUCCUCUCAAAGCAGUUUCAUCACCUCUGAACUGUCUUGGUACAUGAGCAUCUUGACUGCCUGAGCUUAUAGCAGGGAGGAAGAAAUAAGGGCUUCAA